AUUGUAGAAGUGAGGGUCUGAGGGACACAACGCAACACAAGAGACAAGACAAUGAGAAAGGAGUAGGAAAGAAGCCGGCCAUAGCAUUCGGAUUGGAUGACUUGUUGUUGUUCUUCUUCUUCAACUUCCAUCUGAAAAUCAGAGAUCGUUUUCAACGGAAUGGGGUGGGGCAACACUAACAACAAUGAGAUAUGGAAGGCCCAUGGGGCCAUGGCCAUGGUUCAGCUCUUCAGCGGUGGCUAUCACGUAAUUACCAAAUUAGCCCUCAACGUUGGCGUCAACCAGAUCGUCUUCUGCGUCUUCCGCGAUCUCCUCGCCCUCUCCAUCCUCGCCCCUCUCGCCUUCUUCCGUGAAAGACGCACGCGCCCUCCCCUCACCAAGCACCUCCUCUUCUCCUUCUUCUUUCUUGGAUUAACCGGGAUAUUUGGGAACCAUCUUUUGUUUCUUAUUGGUUUAAGCUAUACUAAUCCAACUUAUGCUGCUGCAAUACAGCCAGCCACUCCGGUUUUUACAUUUCUCUUCGCUGUAAUCAUGGGCACAGAAAGAGUGAAUUUGCUAAGAUAUGAGGGUUUGGCCAAGCUUGGUGGAACUCUUGUCUGUGUUUUUGGUGCUAUUUUGAUGGUUUUGUACCGGGGUCCGGCUGUCGUAGGGUAUGCCGAAAUGGACUUUGUUUCGCAUAAUGAAAUCAGUGCUAAAGGUCAACCAGAGCCUUCUGGAUGGUUGGUUACCGGUUUAAUGGAUCUUGGACUCGACCAUUUUCAUCUUGGGGUUCUGUGUUUCAUAGGGAACACCUUGUGCAUGGCUGCUUUUCUUGCCAUUCAGGCACCAAUACUAAAAAAAUAUCCUGCAAACUUAUCUGUCAUUGCAUUUUCAUACUUCUUUGGAGCUCUACUAAUGGUGAUCACAUCAAUGUUCGUGACAAAUGAGGCGACCGACUGGAUUUUGACGCAGUCCGAGACACUUGCUGUUAUUUAUGCUGGUGUUAUCGCAUCUGCCCUUAACUAUGGACUGAUUACAUGGUGCAACAAGAUAUUAGGGCCAGCAAUGGUUGCUCUUUAUAAUCCACUUCAACCUGGUGCUUCUGCUCUCUUGUCUAGAAUUUUCCUUGGAAGUCCAAUUUACAUGGGAAGCAUUCUUGGAGGUUCUUUGAUUAUUACUGGUUUGUAUGCUGUUACAUGGGCAUCAUUUAGAGAAAGACAAGCAUCAAGUGGAGUUCUUCCUCAUCAUCAUCAUCAUCAUGGAUCUUGGGUCUCUGAUGACAAGAGUUCAUAUCAGAGAGGUCUCAUCCUCCCCAGCUUAACCCCAAAGCCUUCUGAUUAACAAAAAUUAAUUGAGUUAUGGAAUACGUUGUAAAAAAAACCCUUGAUUUUUUUCAUGCUCUUGCUGUCAUCAUAUUUACAUAUAGCUGUUUUGAUGAACUAGUAUUAGUAGAAUUGACAUAAAAAAAUUUGUUGAGUAUACUUUCAAAUCGGCUUAAAUAUAUUCAGUUUCUAUAA